GCCGGAGCCGGAGCCGGAGCCAGGACCGACGAUGAGACGGGGGCCGGAAGGGGGGCCGGCGCUGGGGCCACGAAGGCAGGCUUGUCCAGGAUGGUCGGCUCGAGGGCCGGUGCGGAAGCGGCAACGGCAGUAGCAGCACCGGCCUCCGGGUGGGGCACCGGUGUGGCGGAGGUGGCGGUGACGCCGGACUCCGGACCAAGAAUCGAAGACAGCAGGCGAUCAAUGGUGGACGCCCGGAUGUUGGUCGGGUCGGCGGCCGGCAGCGGGGGGAUCACCACCGCCGAGAGAUUCGGCGAGUCGGGAACCGGCGCAGUGGGGGCAGCCAAUGCGGCUGCCGCGGCCGCUGCCGACACCAGGGCCGAGUGGCGGCGACUGGCCGCAUGGUGCUGGGGCUCGUGAUAGUCGGAGUCCGAGUCGGAGUCCGAGUCGGAAUGCGAGUCCGAGCCGCUGGACGAGUAGUACGACGAGCUGGAGUCCCCGUCUGACGAGCAGGACGACGAGCCAUCCGAGGAGUAGAUCACACGCCGGGGGGGGGCCUUCUGAGUUGACGCCACGGGAGCCGGGAUCGGGCCUGGGGCACUGCCCGGCGGGGCGACCCCCAUGGGCGAGACCGAGGUCACCGGUUGCGGCGGCGGCACGAAGGACCCCCCGGCCACCGAGGGGGACAGGCGCCCGGUUUCGCUGGUGCUCGUCGGGAAGUACCCGGUCGGGAGGACACGCGAGUGCCGAGAGGACACGGCCGCCGGCGAGAGAACCGCGUAGGGGCUACCAGAGGCAUGGGACCCGCCAUCGGUGGCCGACGCGGCCGCCGUCAUGCUGGCCGCCUCGGUGGCGGUUGUGGCAUCCGGCCGCAUGCCCGGCACCAGGGUCUGAUUGGCGUAGGAUAGGCGCAUGUUGGCCGUCGGCGAGGCGGGAUUCGAGUAGGCCGGGAUGCCGGCUCCAAGGGCGCCUCCGCCAGGGACGAUGGUUUGCUGGGAGUAUGGCUGGUAGACGAAGGCCGAGCCAGGGCCCGGGUUCGCCACCAUCGGCGACAGGGGGAUGCCCCCAGGCACAUGCGACGUCGCAGGGUAGGGCAUCGCGGUGGCCGGGCCGCCGGCAGCCGACGCCCCGACCAUCGGCGAGGAGGGGCCGACACUGGGGGGCGCACUGCCGGCAAUCGGCAACGGUGGGGGGAUGGCCACCGGCGCGGGGAUGAAACGCCGCUGGCCGCCGGCCGUCGAGGGCGGAAGGACACCACCGGCGCCGGGCGCGCCCGGGGUCAGCGUCAGCCUCUUGGAGGACUGGGAGUAGCCAUUGUUCACCUUGGGCGGGAGAACAUACGUCGAGGGGAGGUCCGACAUGUGGGGGCGGGGGGCGAGGGAGAGGAGGG